UGGCUAUCAAAUUACUCCAACGCGUGCUUCAAUUCAGAACAAUUUUUUUUCUGUGAACAUGAUUUCUAAUUCAUCAUCGAAAAUUGAUAAGGUCGCAACCGAAAAGCCAAAGUGCGAUAAAGCUGAAACAACGUCGUCAAAGAGCAAAGAACGUCCAUACAAACUGCGACACGUUCGGAGCUUCUCCCGCGAUUACCAACAGAUGAGUCACAUUCCGCUGUACUGCUAUUUAGGUCGGUUACAGUGCAAAGAUGACGACCGUUUCGCCAAACACAUGACGAAACACGGGCGCACAUUUGGUUUCAUUCGUCAGGUUGAUGACUACAUUCUGGAGGAACCGAGUUUCGCCGUGCGUUUGGACUACCGUCCCGAUUACGCCAGAACGUUGGUGUACGUGCGGAACGUGUCACCUCAUUCGGUGUUGCGACUCAGCAGGGCCUACAUCCACCUGGCAGACGGUCACAUGAAGAUGCUGAUUGAAAGCGAGAUGCGCCUUUCUUGGGGUACGGUUUCAAAGUUUUGCUUCGACAGUUGCCUGCUGUCGGAGCUGGAUAGAAGCUACGGACUGAUAUUGGUUGGACUGGCGGACUCAAAGACAGAAAUAUUGGAACUUUACCACCUGCAAGUGACCGUGUUGAGUCAUUUCGUGAAAGAGCAGCUAAUUUUGAAGAAACCAACGAUUCAUUGUCCGCCGUUGAAUCAGUAUCCGGUACCGAUGGAAAAGAAGAUCAUAUACGAGAGUUUUCAAUGGUUCAACAAAUAUGUCGCAACAAAUCACGAGCAGCUGUCUGCUGUGCGAAAUAUCGUGAAUCGGACUUCGUUCCCUGUUCCGUACAUAUUAUUUGGACCACCCGGUACUGGAAAAACUUCAACUAUCGUAGAGGCAGUUUUACAAAUUUGGAAACUACAACCCAAAGCCAACGUUCUCGUAUCGGCAGCUUCAAAUUUCGCCUGUGAUGAAUUCACCACGCGCCUGCUGGAAUUCAUUCCCGUCACCGAUGUGUUCCGUUUCGUAUACUUCGUAUCAAUUUUGCUGAUAACGGAACAACACCAUCGUUCUCAAAGAGCAGUGGAGGUUUUGAGGAAGGUGGUGAGUAUCGUCGCGGCCCCGACUACGAAUAUCCGGAAGGCGGUGCAUCAUACGAGGAAAAUUCAUCGUACGGCUAUGGUGGAAGACCGUUCCGCGGCCGUGGAGGAUUCCGCGGACGUGGUGGUUUCCGUGGCGGUUUUCAUCGUGAUUUUUUCGUCGUUCGUGAACCAGGAAUCGAUAGAUCUCGCUCCCGUUCACCGAGGCGACGCAGUCCGGCUGAUUCUGAUUCGUAGGAAUGGCAUGUUAUCGAAUGCAAGAACGUUACCAGAAGUGGCACGGAAAUCUACCACAGUCUGGCAAGGGGCGCUGAUUAUGAACACUAUUCCCAGUCAAGUUGCACCUAACGGACGGAGACCACGAAAUAGUGGACAGCCUGAUUAAGGACGAGGAAGGUAAACACCACCUUCGUAUUACUCAGCGACUACGCCUAGAUCAACCCAAGUUGGAAGAUGUGCAGAAGCGCAUAUCGACGUCAUCGUCGCACGCAAUCUUCCUCGGCCUGCCGGGAUCGACGUCAUCGGUAGCAUCGUCGGAUGAUGCCAGCGUUCAGACGCGUCCACUGCGUAAUCUCGUGUCCUACCUGAAGCAGAAAGAAGCGGCCGGCGUUAUAUCUUUACUCAAUAAAGAAACGGAAGCAACCGGUGUGCUCUACUCAUUCCCGCCAUGCGAUUUUUCGACAGAAUUGUUGAAACGAACAUGUCACAACCUCACCGAGGAGGGACUGAAGGAAGACCAUCUGGUAAUCGUGGUGGUCCGAGGAGGAACAAUCCUCUGAAGUGCCUUCUUUCUGGUAUUGCAGCAACUAGUCCAUAUUGGCACAGCAUACAACAUGGCUGGUCUAAAAAUUUGUUUGUAAAUCAAAAGUUUGUUCUUAAGACAAA